GUUAUAAUCAGUCACAAUAGUUUCGCGCACCACAGUAGUUUCGCGCACCCACUCGGUUGGCAAGUCUUAUGCGUACAAACCCCACGUAAACUGUUGCAAAAUUCGCCCUGACAACGGAGCCCUAAACUUGCACACAAAUAGCAUAACUGGAAGUAAAAAUGUGCAUAGGUUUGUUUACUUUUCGCACUGACAGCGUUAAAUGUCAACAAACUGGGUUUAUCUCGUUCUUGCUGUCCCCUGAAAUAAUAUCGACUGAAACAGGUCUGCACAGGAAAUAGCCAGAUCUGCUGCCUCAAUAUUCAUAAAAGAGAGAUUGAGCAGCAACUAAUAUUGGGCGGUUUUACCCCCUAACAGAAGAUCGGAAUAAUAGCACCAGAACUUAUAAUCGACCUGAACAGCUUCGCAAUAUCAACCUGCGGUCACUGAGAUCUGAAGAAACACAGACAGCAGAUCAAAAAUCGCCAAACAAACAAGAAUCAACAAUGGCUUCUACUCUUCUCAAAUCACAAACAAAGUCAAAUGUGGACCGACGAGGGUCUUACAUAUCAUCGCAACUCACGGUGAUAAAUGACAAGCUCCAAAUGCUAUACGAUGAGAUCGGAAUAUCAGACGAUGAGCGGACAAUACGAGAGAAGAAUCUUUAUGCCGCUGUCUCUCAGGCGCUUGAGCAGCAUGUUUCUGAGGUCACCGCUGAGAAAGAGGAUCUGUAUAAACAAUGCCUUGAUCUCCGUGAGCAGUUACUCAGCAUGAUGGCAGCACUCCAGGACGUCCCGGAAGCCGAUGAGGUGAUUGGGGAGACAGAGAAAGCUCUUGAGAUUAGUACUCCGCUAUUGGAUACUUUAGAGGGGCUAAGCAAGAAGAAUAAGAGACUUCAAGGGCUGUACACAGAGCGGUAUGAACGCGCACACGAACUCUUGGAUAAUCUGCGAACCUUUUCGCAAGUUAUGGAAGGAAUCGACGUGCGAAAGGAUCUCCUGGAACUCCAGCCGAAAAGCAUCAGCCUUACGAACAGCAACUUGGCUUCUCUCGAAACCGAAGUACUCAGACUAUCUGAUGAAUAUGAGCGGCGAAUCAAGGUUGUCCAAGCUGACGCAACAGAGAUCGUCUCUCUGUGGGCACAGCUGGGCACCUCUCAGCACAAUAUUGACAGAGAUAUCCUGGCUUACUACAAGGACAAGCCAGAGAUGCUGGGGCUCACCGACAAACAGAUGGAUGCUCUGAGAAAGCAAAGAGAAAGCUUAGAAAGCGAAAAAGAAAGUCGAGUUCAGCGCCUGUCUGUCACAAAAUCUGCGGUACAACAUCUGUGGAGUAAAUUGUCAGAAGAAGAGUCUGUCGUCAAGGCUUUCGAUAGAGCUAACAGAGGCAUUGCGCUGUCAGUAAUUGAGGCUUACGAGAAUGAGUUAGCACGACUCAAUGAAAAGAAGCGUGAUCAUAUGCACAUUUUCAUUCAGGACGCCCGCCAGACCCUUCGAAGCCUUUGGGACAGUUUAUAUUUUUCGGAAGACGAAAUGCUAGAGUUUACCCCCGCUUGGACCGACAUUUUUACAGAUGCGUCUCUUGUUGCUCAUGAAUCCGAGAUUGCUCGACUUGAAAAGCUGCUGCAAGAGCGGAAACCUAUAUUGGCCUUGAUUGAUGCCUACAGAGAAUUACAGCGCGAUAGUUUGGAGCUUGAGCAGUCACAGCAAGAUGCUUCUAGACUGAUGGCUCGAGGCACUGGACGCCGAGACCCUAGCCGUUUGCUUCGCGAAGAACAGAUGAGGAAACGCAUAGCGAAGCGGAAGCCCAAGCUCAUGACUGAUCUCAUUGCAUCGCUCUCUCGAUGGGAAACUGAAAACGAGCGGCCCUUUAUGGUGAAUGGAGAGCGAUUUAUUGAGGUAUUGCGAGAAGAAGAGCAGGCGGCGAAGGCACCGCGCGGGAGGAAAACGCCGUCUAGGAGCACGGCGAGCACUUCAAAUCCGAAAGAAGAGGUCAAAACUCCUGCUACCAGAUCCGUCAAGCGAGCGCCUCUACAGAGUCGUGACAUUCACCAACUUAAUAGUGUUCCUCCGAAACAGCCGAAUUUCCAGGCCGAGCAAAAGCUGAAGGGCUCCAUUUCAAAUGAUCCUUUUAAGACGUCCCGGUCGCGCCGACCUAAUGAGAACAUCUCUCCGAUACGCGGAAAUUCAUCAGGAGAUAGCAGCACUUGCUCGGGUAACAGUCCUCUGAAGAUGCGAACGAAGGCUCAACAAAGGUCAGCACAAGUCGGUCUAUCCAACUCGCUCAAUAGCCAGUCCACUUCAGUCGCUACAAGUGCUCAAAGAGCCAAUUUGGCUUUGUCAGUUGCACGGGCUAAGACGGCGCUGGGAACCCAUUCAAGCAACAAAGCCUUGCCUCCUCCAAUGUCAAUGUCAACUCCCAAGCCGACAGCGAAAAGCAAGCAGGAGAGGUUUCCUAGACUGGACCCCCCAUCGAGGCAGACUGCUUCUUAUCUGUCAAGAUCAGCAUCAUCCAAAUCAAAUGCUUCUUCCAGCUAUGGCUCCAGUGUUGCCAGUAACGCCUCAGAGCUACGUGGGAAUACCACUGCGACACUCGACUCACUCGCCUCUUUGCGUAUGUCUACUGACAACGAAGGAGAAAUUGCCUAUUUCUCUCGGAUCCAGUCUGAAGAGACUCCGCGCAACAAUUCGAAGCGCAGAUUUCUGCCUGGAGAGGUCUCUGAGUUUGUUGAUGAUUACGAUGAUGAAUAUGAGCAUGCUACUGCAAGUCGGCGGUUAUCCUCUGUUGCCAGCAUGACCGAUGAGAAUAAUCACACUAUAACUGAAGAAAUCAACGAGCAUGCAGCCGAUCUGUCGAAGACUAUUAAGAAUCAGCGGCAAAGCGACUCAGACGGAGACGAAGGAGCCAUGGAAACCCUGCUCGCCAUCGACCGGCUCGCUCUGGAACCACCUCCCGAACCUAGCCCGAUGAUUUCCAAGAGCAGCAGAUUCUUCAUCGACCGCAGCGGGUUUGAGGAUACAGAGAUCAGUUUCAUCAGUCCGCAGCAUAUGCAGCCCUUGGGAUAUGAUAUCCCAUAUGCGACGGAGACGCCGCCGUUUGUAAAAGUUUUGCCUGAUCGGAUGAAGUUAUUUGAAGACGAUGACAGUGGGUGUUUUUGAUUUGGUUUUUUAGCACGGAGUUUGUAUUUCAUUGUUUUUCUCGCUGUAUACGACUAGCCACA